UAAACCAAAAAUAAAAAACAAAAAAAAAUUAAAUAUUUAUCAGAUCUUCUGGCUUGGCAGUGACGUGGCGCGUUGACCAUUAGUCAAUGCGUUUGACCGUCCAAGUUAACGGUUAAACAUCGGGUUUGGCCAAAUUGUUUAUUUUGGUGUAUAGUUCGGGCCACGAUGUUAUAGAUCGAAAAGAUUGGUCAAGAUGUUUAUUUUGUUCAAAGUUCAAGCCAUACGAAAAUAUUAACCCUUUAUAUUAUACACAAGAACUUUUGAACUUUUUAAAAGCCGAACUUUUAGAGGUAUUUGACCAUGCUUUAGCUUUUGAAACUGAAAAACACUUCUAAAAAUCGGGGAAAACAUAGACAAUGAGAGAUGUUGUGUUUGAAUUUCGAUGUACAACACAUGAUAUUAAUUUAUGUUUUUUAAAUUGGAUUGCACUUUGAACCGCAUAAAAUACAAUGUCAUAAUUGGCACUUCACAACAAUUAGUAUAAUAACUACAAAAUCUCAAAAUGAUCAUUUAAAAUUGUUUAAGCCUAACUGAGUGUAGGAGUGAGACUCGGGGGAAAAUGGGGUGAGAAGAGCAAGCAAUGAGAAUCUUCAAUCGGUUGGAGGAUAAAGGUACAAGAGAAUGUGAUUGAGAGAAUGAAAUCUUAGAGAGAGAAGUUGAUCCUUGGUAGUGAUAGAGUCAAAAAUCCGAUCUCCUCACCCACCGGAUAAAUGCUCUAUUUAUAGGACACAUUGCGGUGGGUGGACAUUUAAUGUGACAUGACUACUACAUGUGUCAUACAUUUAGGUCAUGCCUUAGGCCAUAAUUAUACCUAGGAUUAGGAUGUGACCAUUCCUUUAGAGGAUACGACGUCGUUCUUCCCGGUUUUCCUUCUUAGUUCGAAUUGAGCGAAACGACGCCGGCUUGGGCAGAGCAAAACGAUGUCGUCUGGCAUUUACAAAACGACAUCGGCUUGGGUAGAGCAAAACGACGACGUCUAGCGCCUCUGGCACUCGCAGAGGCGUCUUUACUCGCGGAGCUCCAUGCUGCGCGGAGCUCCAUGCCGCGGGAGGUUCUUUCCGCGAGCGCGCUAGGCUGUCUUGCUUGCGCGACUGGAUCCGAGCUAUAUCCCCAACAAAAAUAAUUAACUAAUAAGACAAAUUAUAUUUAAUGACAUAAAAACUAAAAAAAAAGUUAAACUUUACUGGUGAUAUAAAAUGAAUAAAUUAUAUCAACGAAAAAUGAAAAAUUACUUGAUUAGGAUGUUAGAUGAUCAACAAAGAUAAAGAUGAUCCACUUAAGGUUGUCGAACCCUUAUCUGACCGGCUAGUUCAACUGGGUCGAGCCAGAAUUAGCCAUCUAAAUGGCUUGAAUACACAUUUGGUAGGACGGCUUUGAAAAAAACAUCAAAAUUAGUUUAAAUCAGUCAAAAUCAAGUUAAACCAGUUAAAAUCGAGUGGUCUGACCAAUCAAAAGAGGAUUUGAAUAUGAGGAUUAUUAACUUUGUAAUUUAUAUGUCUUUUGAAUGUAAAUUAGUGAGAUUAUCUUAAACUACUUGUUAAAAUCUACUUGAACUGACUGAAUUCGAUCCAACUGUUGAAUCUCAAUUCACUUGUCAAAUCGGAUUGAUGACUUAAUCCGGUUUAACAACCUUAGAUCCGCCUAAUGACGUGGAAGAAGGUAAGUUAUCUUAGGAUGGUAGUUUUAUCAAACCGCUAUUUAAGUUGGGGGAAGAGUACUUCUACACCGACUCGCUGCACUUGUUUUCUCUGGAUUUCCCACCAAACAGAUUCUCGUCUUCCUCCCGAAAAAAUCAAUGGCGACCCCGUCGUUCUCCUCGCUGGCCGCUCAGCGAACCCUCUUCCUCCUCGCCGCCAUCUGUCUCCUCCUAGCACCUACCGCUCGCGCCACCGAUGUCAAGUACUGCGAUGCCAAAGCCAACUAUGCUGUGAAGGUUGAAGGAAUCAAAAUCACUCCUGAUCCUGUGAUUGCUGGCAAGCAGGCUACUUUCGCGAUCUCAGCUUCCACUGCUGAGGCUAUCUCUGGUGGGGAAGUGUUGCUUGAGGUUUACCUGUUUGGCUUCUCGGUCCAUUCCGAGACUAGAGACCUCUGCGAGGAUAUCGCGUGCCCUAUUCCUGCUGGCGACUUCCUGCUUUCCCACUCCCAAAGUUUGCCCGGAUUUACUCCACCAGGCUCCUACAAUCUGAAGAUGACGAUAAAGAACAGUAAGCAGCAACAGCUGACUUGUGUCAGCUUCGAUUUCAGCGUCAGCUGGUGGGCUUUGGUCGCCGACUACUGAGUUCCAGUUCGACGGCCAACCUUGAAUUUGAUGCAUAGAUGGCGCUCCAUGUCUCGAUCUGGACUUGACUUUUUAUGAGCCAAAUGUGAUCUCUUUCAGGAGAGGCUUUCAUGUGUUUGUUUAUAAGACGAGAUAGUUAACGAUGCAACUGUUUUAUGUUAAGCACCUGUGAAUGUUCGUGUUCGUUCUGUGUUUGUACCUUAGACGAAGAAUUAGUGUGCCACUAGUAGCUCUAUAUGCGUUCGCAUUAUGUGUAUCCAGACCUUCCCUGCAAAUCUACAACCAUACAUGGGUGACUCAUCCAAUGGAUGUGUGUUUUCUUAAGUAGAUUGUUGGUGUCGGUAUCUAUGGAUUUGAAAUCGAAUGGAUGAUCGAUUUCACAAAUCCGCAAGAGAAGUGUUUGGUUUAACUCAAAUCCAUCAGACUCAUGAAUUUUAAGUUGAUGAAAUCGGGAAUGUAAUGAAUGUGGCCGAUUCUUGUUCAUAAGAAAGAAUGUAACCAAUUCUUUCAUUCACAAUCAAAAUUCACUAGGCAUGCACUUUAUCUUUUUAUGAUAGAGAUUCUAGAGCAUAAACUAUGGGUCGUUUGAAAGUUGCGAUUGUUAAAUAGAUGUAUUGUUGAGAAUGCAUGUAUAAUAUUAUACAUGUAUUGUCGAAUUUGAUGCAUUGUAGAAUACAACGUUUGGUAUGUGUGAUUGUGUAUGUCGCAUCAGCUAAAAGCUGAGAAAAAACAAUCUCAACUCAACUAUCUCAACAAUCACAACUAAAAGUUGAGAUAUAACAAUCACUCAAAAUGAGUGAUAGUUUCUGUCACAUCACAGAAACAAUCUAUGUAUUGUUUCUGCUAAAAAAAAAAAAAAACGAUGCAUUGUAAACAAUACAUGCAUAAUGACAAUCUCAACAAAACAAUCGCAACUUCUAAACGACCCCUAUGAUUCAAACUUUUAUGCAUGAUGAAAGCUUUCAUUUUGUUAUGUAAACGAAGAAAAGUAAUUCUCAACUCUAUUUACAAGUAAUCUUAUGGAAUAUAAUGAAAAGCAUAUAUCGAAUAAUCUGAUGUAAUAAGG